AAACUUCAUGGGCACAGAUGGGUGAGGACAACGACAUGGCAACUGUUGUACCUCGUGGUCCCACACAAGGCGCAGCUGCUGCAGCCUCUUCGUCCGAAGGUGAUGUUAUUUCGGUCGUAAGCACCAGCCCGGAUGAACCUGAGGAAUCCAGCGCGGACGCAGCGCAGCGGGAUCUGCACGAGAGAGCCAUGGAAGCAUUGCAGUACUUCCUGAGCAACGGAAACGGUGAGGACAAAAACUCGCCCUGCCCAGAAGUACAAGUAGACCAAAGUAGAACCACCGGUACUACUCCCUCCUAUCCGUAUCCGAUGCAAAUGAAACCUCCCACCGCUUCCUCCGCCGAGAAUCAGGCCAAGAGCGAGAAUAUCCUGUGCAAAAGUAUCAUACUCGUAGUAAUUGCAGGUAUGCAUGACAGAUUUCCUUUCCAAGGUGAAACAGCAUGAUAAACUCAAUUUUUCAUGCUGAGAAAAUUUGUAAUGCAAUUUAUGCUAGUACGAUGCUUUUGCAAUGCAUAGAGAAAGCGUUUCUGGAAGAGUUCUCCAACAAGACGGCGAAAAUUAUGGAAGCGUCAGGUUUGAAAUCGUGAAAGUUGAAAUAAUUUGUAAUGCAUAAAAUGCAUGACCCGAGGUACGUGUGUUGCAGAGCAGGCAAGUGAGGCCGAUUGUAGGCCUGUUUGGGGUUACAGCUCGAGCUGCUAAAGUAGCAUGAGAAAAUCACUCUUCUUUGCCGAAACAGCAUGACAAACUGGAUUUAGGGACCACCGAAAUUUGUCAUGCGCCACUUGGAAUCUGGGUUCCAACUAGCAUCCAUUUUAUGCAUGACAAAUUAUUUCAACUUUGUCGAUUUCAACUCUGACACAUCCAUAAAAAUUCGGAACAAGUUCGAGAACCUGAAAGCCGAAACGGUCCCGGAGCAGGAGGCGUUUCUGGAAUUGAUCAAAGGCUUCCACGACAUCCAGAAAGUGCUCGACUCUGCCGACGCGGCAAACGCCGUGGGGGAAGUGAAGAGAGGCAUUGGGUUAUUACAAUGAAAAAUGCACCCACGACCCCAGAACUCUGCAUCAGAAAGAUUCAUACUCCUUGCAUGUGUAACAGUUGAAACGGAGCCCCCGGAAAGUCCGGGGCCCUCCGUACAAACCGGCACCUGCAUAAAAUUUAUGCUAUUGGAAAACAACGACUUUGUGCAUUUUUUAUACAAAUGGAGGUUUUGCAGGGGUGCCCAUUCACACCGUACUGGGUUACCGAUUACACAGCACGGGCCCGGACGAAUCAGGUCAGCCCGUUUGAAACAGGUCAGCCCGUUUCGCCCAGGGCCCAAAACAACACAAAAGAAGCUCGGCAGCCAGGUGCGCUUCGCGCUGCCACGGCGCCCGUCAAAUUGAAAGACCGCGCAAGCAGCUCGGCUACGCGCCACAGCAUCAGCCCCAUUGAUUCGCGAAAAGUGGCAUAUAACUCGUCCGUCGGUUCGUCGAGCGAACCACUGUCAGAGCGCCGCUACGGUGCCAACCGUACAACCGCCAACAGAAACAUGAUAAAGCCGGCCCUUCGUUCCGCAUAGUCGCUACUGCCUCAUCGCGCGCGCGCGCGCUAUGUCGCCAGCUCGCCGCCCGCCUAUCGUCUCCCGUGUCGUGUCGGCCGACAGGGCGCGGGCGCGCGCGGCUGCGGCACAUGACAGGCGCGGGCUCUCGUCGCUCCGUCUGCCGCACCUUUCUACUUUUUUCGGUACGGAGGUGCCGAUUUUCACACCGGGUUUUUGUAUGUUUUCUACAUUUCCCCGUGUGUUUUUUGUAGAAAUCAUACUUUUCUUCCAUACAUAUUACUCUUGGAGGUGCCCGAUUGUCCAGGGGUACCGGUUUGAUCAGUUUUACAUGCAUGACAAAAAGUUUUCAUUUGGAAACUUCGCAUAACAAAUUAUUGCAACUUUGGGGGUCGGUGGGGGCAUUUUUCACGGUGAUAUGGGUUCACGAAAAGCUGCUUGGACCGGGCCUGGUCCAUUUUGCAGGAGUUUGUAUUCUGUGCAAAAGUAUCGUACUCGUACCAAUCGCAGUCAUGCAAGACAAAUUUCUUUUUUAAGCUCAAUCAGCAUGAGAAAUUCCAUUUGUCAUGCUGAGCUAAUUUGUAUUGCAAUCCUACGAGUACGAUACUUUUGCACUGCAUAGUUUGGAAUGCAUGUCGACGAAGAGAGGUUGAAUGCGAGUUACGAGAGACUGUUCGGGGAUGCCGACGCAACGCCGGAAAUGUAUGAACUGCAAAAGCAUCGUACUAGUACAAAUUGCAUUACAAAUUUUCUCAGCAUGACAAAUGCAAUUUGUAAUGCUGUUUUACCUUAGGAAGAAGAUUUGUCAUGCAUAUUUUGAAAUUAGUACGAGUGCGAUACUUUUGCACAGCAUAAAAUGGUGAAAAAAGCCAUGGAGGAAAGAAUGAAAACGCUGCAGGAACAGCGUGAUAGAAGUACUACAGCUAUGCGCGAUAAAGUCGGUGACCACGGGAAAAAUAAGGAGAGUGCUUCUAGUAGUAGUGGCCAUCAAGAAACUCCAGCUCCUGCUAGAGCAGCGUAUUCUUCUGUCUCAGCCUCUUCCCCUUCUUCUAGCAGCAGUGGGGUAUUGUCCGGCUUCGGUC